UUCCAUGGGAAUGAGGUCAGUGCUUGUCUUUAAAGUCAGGUGAAUAGUUUAAUAUUUUUCUUUUCAGUUAUAAACAAGAAAAAAUAACAUCAGUCACUUAUUUUUUUUUCUCUUGCUUGCAGUUGAUUCUUUAUUUUUUUUUUGUUUCGAAUCUUCAACGUUUUCGAUACUGGUGAUUUUUUUUGCAGAUCAUCAAUAAUAUUGUCCAUAUAUUAUAAUAAUGGAAUAAAGAAAAUAGAACACAGUUUAUUUACGAUUAUUGAUAUAGAAUAUGGCAUGGCGCUGCAAUGGAGCUACUAAUCAAGAAAUGGUUAUUAAAUUAAAAGAUGCUGGCAUUCUUUCUACUACAAGUGCUGAAGCAGCAAUGAUUGCAGUUGAUAGGGCAAGAUUUUGUCACGAUGUCGAUCCCUAUUUAGAUCGUCCUCGAAGAAUUGGUUAUAACGUCACAAUAAGCGCACCUCACAUGCACGCUUAUGCCUUAUCAAUUCUUUCUGAUCAAUUGAAGGAUGGUGGAAAAGCCCUUGACAUUGGUUCAGGAUCGGGAUAUUUAACAGCUUGUAUGGCUUUUAUGGUGGGUUCAAAGGGCAAAGUUAUUGGAGUAGAACAUAUUCCUGAACUUAUUGAAAUUGCCAUGAAAAAUAUUCAAGAAGAUUGUCCCCAUUUUUUAAAGGAGGGUCGCGUCAAAUUUGUAGUGGCUGACGGCAGACAUGGAUUUGAAACUGAUGGACCUUAUGAUGCAAUUCACGUUGGGGCAGCUGCUGAAACAUUACCUCAAAAACUUAUUGAUCAAUUGGCGCCAGGAGGUCGACUUAUUUGUCCAGUGGUGGCAGUAGAGGGAUUUCAAAAAUUUCAGGAUCUACUUCAAGUUGACAAAAACAAAGAUGGUGUUAUUUCAAAAAAAAAAAUUAUGCAAGUUUCUUAUGUACCUCUUACUGAUGCGAGUAGUCAACUUCAAAAAUCUGAUACUAAACUUAUCUUUAUGGUUGACGUUACUCGAUUUCAAUUUUACAAUGUAAAUAGUUUAAAAACUCUUUUGCUUUCUACAGUCGUGACAGUAUUAUCUUUUUGUAUUUACGAAAUGGCUUUUUUUGGACGUUUUCAAGCCAACAGUAAUGGAGAAUUAUUACAAUAUCUCAAAAGAACAAAGGUAAUUAAAACACAAAGAGUUUACGAGGCAAUGCAGGCUGUUGAUAGAGGAUCUUACAUUCAGUCGGAACAUGCUUAUGUUGAUUCUGCACAAGGAAUUGGUUACGGUGUUACCAUAAGUGCUCCACACAUGCAUGCACACGCUCUAGAAUUUCUUGAAGAGAAAUUACAAAAUGGUAAUCGAGCCCUGGAUGUAGGAUCAGGAUCUGGUUAUUUAACAGCAUGUAUGGGAAUGAUGUUACAACCAGAUGGAUUAGCUGUGGGAAUAGAUCAUAUUCCCGAAUUGAAAGCAAUGGCCGAGAAAAAUAUAAGACGAGGAAAUCCAGAAUUACUGGGCACCAAUGUCGAGCUUAUUGUUGGAGAUGGAAGAUUAGGCUAUGAACCACGUGGGCCUUACGAUGCAAUUCAUGUUGGAGCAGCUGCAAAAGAAUUACCUCAGGCGUUGAUUGAUCAAUUGGCGCCAGGUGGUCGGCUAAUAGUUCCGGUGGGGCCGGAAGCAGGUGAUCAAGAAUUGUUCCAAAUUGAUAAAACUGUAGAUGGUGAAAUUAAGAGUAAAUCGUUAAUGGGUGUUGUUUAUGUUCCUCUUACUGAUAAAGAGAAACAAUAUAGAUCAUGAAAUUCGUGUCAGCUUCAGUGAGACAAAGGUUUAAAUUUUUCACUUUGUUUUUUAUUUAUAUUAAUUAUUUAUUUAACUGACUGGAGCACAAAUUGAAAAUUGUUAAAUUAUUAAAUUAAAAGACAAAGGAAGAUAAAAUUAUGCAAUUUUUAAUAAUUAUCAUUUUUAUUUAUUGGAAUCACUGUUUUUUUUUUCAAUAUAUAUUCUCAUAAUUUAUUCUUGAAUAUUGUACAAAGUUAUAUACUCUACAAUAAAUUUAAUGUUAACUUAA